CUGCGCCUUCGGGUCGGGGAUAGGUCUCUCACUGUUGUUUUGGCCCAUGGGUCGAACAGCAGUACAGAGUACCCAGCCUUCUUAGAGUACCUGGGAGGGGUGCUGGAAGGUGCUCCGACUGUGGACUCCAUAGUUCUACAGGGGGACUUCAAUGCCCAUGUAGGCAAUGACAGUGACACCUGGAGGGGCAUGAUUGGGAGGAAUAGCCUCCCCAGUCUGAACCCGAGUGAUGUUUUUUUGUUGGACUAUGUCCUAGUCAAAGCUUUCCCAUAAACAAACACCACGUUCAUGCAUAAGGGUAUCCAUAAGUGCACGUGGCACCAGGACACCCUCGGCUGGAUGUCAGUGAUUGACUUUGUGGUCGUGUCAUCUGAUCUUUGGCUGUAUGUCUUGGACACUCGGGUGAAGAGGGGCUGAGCUGUCAAUCCUGAAUAAAUACUCUCCAAAGAGAAAAUAAGCAUCAGCGUCAGCAAGGACUGGAAAGAAAAGCAGGAUAUAAAUAGAGCAAACAAGCGAUAACUAUUAACCCGAAUAAAAAGGUAUAUAAAUAAAUAAAACUGUGUAAAGCUGAAUAGAUUUUAUUGGCCGGGUGUACAUAAAAUCAGCAGCAUUUUUUUUUGCUUACACAGAAACAGUAAAACUUCUUGUUAGUAUAUUGGUUGUUUUGUAGUUUGACAUCUUUACCUCGCUGCUUUCCUGUCUGCUCCUGGAUUCUGCUGUGUGAUGGCUCUGCCUAUUAACUAGUUGACAGAGGAAGGAAAUGUCUCCACCAAGAUGACCAUCUCUGCCUGUGGUUUGCUGUGAUAGUCAGUUGAAACUCCUCCUAAGAGAGGCUGUUAUUCUCUGUCUCGUAGCUUCUCAAAUUAAAAGGCUGUGAAAAACAGUCUUGGAUUUCUGAAAUACACAUCAUUUUUUAGUGUUGGAAAUCUGCAAAUUGUAAUUAUUGCCGCUUUCCCUGUUCUUGUAAAGGGUCACGCAGGAGCUGUGCACAUCUAAUUUUGGACAUUUGACAGAAUGAACAUCAUUUUUAUGCCCUCAGUGAUUGGUGUAGCUGCAUUCGUUCUCCAUGCUGCUACAUAUGAAGAGACUCUGAAGGUCAGCGUGUCUGUGUGGCCUCCGGGGUCAAACAUCUACAUUGGCGAGUGUGUCUUUCUGCAGUGCACAGUGGAGUCAAACUCCAGUUUUGUGUGGAACUACCACUGGUUCAGACACAAACCGCACCUCGCUCUGACCCCAAACCCCAGGCACCUGGUCUCCAGCGACAGCUACUCCAUCACUGCAGUAAUGAGGGAGGAUGCAGGCAGCUACUGGUGUCAAGCUGAGCGGUGGGAGGCCAACACCACCUCUGUGGUGCUCCUCAGUCAGCCGGCUGCCCUCAGUGUGUCAGAGCUGCCUCCUCCUUCACUGACUCUGACUCCCAGCACCAGACAGGUCUUAAGUGGGGAGCGUUUCACUGUCCAGUGCCCCGUGUCUCAGAGUAACUCCACAGGCUGGAGGCUGAAGCAGUUCCCGCUGGGCCGUAAAGUGGAGAAAGGAGUCCUGGACACUGACUGGUGUUCACCACUAGGGGGUGCUGUUAGCACAAACAAUUCUGACACAUGUGCUUUCAUUGCUGUUAGUGGAAGCAGUGGACUGUACUGGUGUGAGGGCGCUGAGGGCCGUAGCAAUGCAGUCAACAUCACAGUAAGCCAUGGUACCAUCAUCUUGAGGACUCCUGCCUUCCCUGUAUUUGAAGGCGAUAGAGUGGACAUGUAUUGUCAGUACUAUCGGACAAGCAACAACAGUAAAACAAGCUUAUUUAAAAAUGGAGCUGAAAUCAUCCCGUACAGUUCUUCAUCUUCAGACGGAGUAAUUAAGAUGACUCUCAAGAAUGUGACACAGGAAAAUCAGGGCUUCUACAAGUGUGCAUCCCAGGACAGAAAGAUGGAAAGUCCAGAAAGCUGGUUAUCAGUGAGACCAGGCCGAGGCACCUUCACAUCAACAGAUGGAACAGCAGAUCCCACUCAUGGCUCUUGGAAAUGGAUCAUCCUUUCAUGCGGUCUGGUACUUCUGUUCUUCAUUCCUCUCACUGUUUGGUUAGUUCGUCACUACAGGUACCAGAUGUUUUGCACUCGUAGUUGCUGGCCAGUUUCCAAAGAAGCCCUGCCGGCCAUGGAGCUUCCUGCAACCAAGCAGGAUGCAACGGAAGUGCAGUGGGAUUUAUCCUGGAUGGAAAUGUCAAAUCUGCUGGAUAAGCAGUUAUAUCCUGGCACUUAAAGGGUAACUCUUAAAUGCAGUAUACAGGAACCACUAAGUGGAGUGCCAUAUGAGAUGCUUCAGAGUGCUGCUAUGGAUGUAUGAACAAUUUGUAGCAAAUGAAGAUCACAGAAAGGCCCCAGUGUGUGCCACAAGGGUCUGUUACUGGUAAAUUUAUCUAAACUACCUGCCUAUGAUUUGUAUUUGUAUUUUCUCUGUUCACUGAUGAUACAAGACUUUUGUACACUAAUACAAAAUGCUAAUACAGAGAUGAUGUAAACUUUGAAAUGGUUAGCUGAGCAAACUUACUAAUAAUAUUAAAAAGACAAGCUUCGUAAUUUACAAAAAAUACUCCAAAGACUGAACAAAUAUUACAUGUUUAUAAAUAGUCUCUUUCAUGAGUUAUAAUAUUAUAUACUGUAUAUUAACUGUUGUUAAUUGUUAGGGGUGCUACUAACUCCUUAACAAGAUACUUUAAAUUCAGAAAAAUCAUAUCACUGACAUAAUUUCAAGUAACUAUGACUGUCAAGUGUUUAGGAAAUAUAAUAAAUAAGCAUAUGUUUUUAUGU